CCGCCGGCCUCCGUCUGCCCAGCCGCCAGCGUCGUUCCCCCUCGCCUCCCUUCGCCAGCGACCUCGUCCUGGGCCGCCUCCACGUCGAGCCGCUGCGCAUCGUCGGCGUGGCUACCGCGUAUGGCAAAGAGCGCGAGGAGGAUACUAAAGUCGGUGGAUUCGGCCAUUGCCGCGACCUGACGGGCUCAAAACGCAGCGCUUGGUUGCACUGCUGCAGCAGGAUUUGCCACCGCCGCCAGUUCCAAGCGAGCACCUCUCCCCAUCCACGGCCUUAAGGAAGAAGGUCCCUCCAUCUAAUCUGAAGUUCUGAACUACCAUCGCCGAUUUAGCUGCACAGCCACCAGGAUAUAUUAGCGAGGCAUGCAGUUCUGAGAUCCCAAAUAUCAGAAAUCAACAAGUCGACCAGCCACAAGCAGAGAAACGGGAAAAUAAAGGUGCCAAUUCCUGCUGGCCAAGUUUAUGCCAUAAACGAUGCACUGUCAGCCGAGGGUGCUGCAGAGGACUACGAAACUCGUAUGAGACAGUUGACCAACAUGGCAACAUACAUCAAGUUUGAAGAGGUGCAUUACUGAAACUACUGCUGUCCUGCAAGUAGGAUGUUAUGGUGAACGUCUUCACAGUAUCUCUUGUCAGAUCCAGUCAUCAUCAGAAAUAAAAUCUUUCACACCAUCAUUCCAAGCUCAGUAUCAUCAGUAGCCCAACGCGAGACCACCAAGAAUAAGCAACUCGUCUCGGCCCAGCUUAGCUGCCUAGAUGGGCCGCGUUUUCCUAAAAAAAACAAAGUUGGCCCGCGUCCGAGCUGCUUUUCUCUUGGGCGACAGCACCAGAGGAUUGCGUCCACGUGGAAAGGCCAAUAGGAAGCCGGCCCGCACGAUCCGGCCGUCCAUCAUGAUUUCGACGACUACGAAGUGGCGACCCUUUCCUAAUCGGCCGUCUCUUUCACCACCAACCCCCCCGAAGCCCCUCUCCAUUUCCAGUUUCCACGCCGCCGGCACCAUGUCCCUCUCCGCCAUCGCCUCCGCCGCCGCCGCGUCGACGUCCCUCUCCUCCGUCAAUCCCCGCCGAUCCUCGCCAGCGUCCAGGGUCCCUGUGCCACUCCGUCUAUCCCUUCCCUGGAGACCCUUGUCGUCGUCAUCAUCGUCCCACUCUCUCCUUAGGCCGGUCUCCGCCAUGGCCUCCCCCCGCACCGCCGCCGGCGAGGCGGCGUCAAGGAAGAAGCUCAUCAUCUUCGACGCCGAGGAGGACCUCGCGUCGUCUCUGGCCAAGCGCACGGCGGAGCUAUCGGCGAGGUUCGCGGCGGAGAGGGGGGCCUUCACCGUCGUGCUCUCCGGCGGCUCCCUCGUCAAGGCCCUCAGGAAACUGACGGAGCCGCCGUACCUGGAGGCGGUGGAUUGGAGCAAAUGGCAUGUGUUCUGGGUGGAUGAGAGGGUGGUUCCCAAGGACCAGGCGGAUAGCAACUACAAGCUCACCUCCGAUGAGUUCCUUUCCAAGGUGCCGAUUCCAGCUGGCCAAGUUUAUGCCAUAAACGAUGCGCUGUCAGCCGAGGGUGCUGCAGAGGACUACGAAACUCGUUUAAGGCAACUUGUCAAGGAUGGUGUGAUUGGAAUGUCACCAGUAACAGGUUUCCCCAAGUUCGAUCUUAUGCUUAUGGGGAUGGGGCCUGAUGGCCAUGUCGCCUCGCUCUUCCCAGGCCACCCUGUUGUCCAUGAAAACCAGAAAUGGGUCACCUUUGUCAAGGAUUCUCCAAAGCCGCCACCAGAGAGAAUAACGUUCACUCUCCCCGUGAUCAAUUCGUCGGCAUGUAUCGCCCUUGUGGUCACCGGUGCUGGCAAAGCCGGUGCUGUUCAUAAGGCGCUUUCAGAAGAGCAGAACACAUCAGAUUUGCUGCCUGUCGAGAUGGUUUCGCUUCAGGAUGGAGAGCUCACUUGGUUCACUGACAAGCCGGCGGUGUCGAUGUUGUCGAGCCUUUGAAGCCGUGGUUGCAUAAGUUUGCUUGAAAGUUGAAACUCUCGUCUCGAGUCCUUCAUAAAAGACCUUGAUGGGUAUCCACUAGGUUCGGCAGGAAAUUGUGAGUUCCGUUUGUAUUAUAGCGUGCCAGAGAAAUGUGUCUUGGGGUUCCAAUAUCUACCAAAUAUUUUAUAUCAUCAAUUAUGGUGGUUCUUUUUCUUCAGCGAUUAUGAUAUAAGUGCUUGUAAAUGUUACUUAGGACGUGAUGUUUGCUUUCUGUUCAUCUAAGAUACAGCUGAUC